GAAGAACUGCUGGCCUGUGCUGUGUGUGGUUUGAUAAUGUUCGAAAACAAAGCCUCUCUCCUCUGUCAUCUGAGGUACCAUUUCCACAGAGAACGUGAACAUUUGGAAUGUCAGAUCUGCCGGCGAAUAUUCUUCUCCAAAAACUCUCUUUCAUCUCAUGUGAAAGUUCAUAGUUUUGAUAGGAAUUUACCGUGUGGUGUUUGUGGUAAAAUGUUCAAGUGGCCAGGGAGUUUGAAAUCACACAUAGAAAAUCAUUCACGAGAGAAACCAUUUUAUUGUCAUGUUUGUGAUAAAGCAUUCAGGUUUCAACACGGGAUCGAAAAUCAUAUGAGAAAUCAU